AUGGAAGAGAGAGAUGAGGUUGGGAGGUCUGACCUGUACGUGCGAGCUGAAAAGCUCCGGUACGGCGGCGGCGGUGGGUUUGCCGGAGAGAGUGAGGAGGUGCGCACGCCACCGCCGGACCUAGUGGAUGUGCUUAGAGGUCACCGUGCCUCUGUCACCGACCUCUGUUUCCAUCCGUCUCAACCUCUCCUAUACACUGGUUCCGCAGACGGUGGGUUGCAGAUUUGGGACACUCUGCAGAAUCGGACGAUAGUAUCAGCAGGGGUGCAUGGGGUUGCUUCUGUUGCUUGUAGCUCGUCGAUUGGAGCUGACAAAGUUAUCAACCAGGGUAGGGAUGGAACUGUUAAGUGCUGGGAUAUUAGAGAUGGAGGUCUAUCCAGGACUCCCUCUGUGACGAUCCCGACGAAUGCUUACCACUUCUGUAAGCUUUCGUUGGUGAAGAGACCUCAUUAUUGUUCUACAAAAGUUGACGGGCCAAAGCAUCAUGACGGAGGUGAGCGGGAGACUACUGGUGCAGAUACUCUGGAUGAUAAUGAAGAAAAUGUCCAAGGGUAUCUGUCUGAACAGUCUAGAACCAAUGAAGGCUUGUUAAGAUUAGUAGUCUGCUUUGGAGGAUCUAAAUACAUUGCUAUAGCAAGAGAGCAGUCUUCUGAGGUUGAGAUUUGGGAUCUUAAUACUGCAGAAAGGUGUAUGCGACUACCUCAAAGCUGUUCUGCUGGCUCAUUAGCUAUUUCUACCAAGGAAAGAGGUCAGAAUGCAGUUCAAGUAUUUUUACUAUUGGAAUCACAGGGAUUCCUAAAUGUCAUGGCUAGUUAUAAGGAUGGCUCCAUGCUUUGGUGGGAUAUUAGAAAUCCAGGUGUUCCAGUUACAUCAAUCGAGUUUCAUUCAGAGCCAGUUUUAAGCCUUUGCAUUGAUGGUUCAUGCAAUGGUGGUAUCUCAGGAGCUGCAGAUGAAAAAAUUGUGCUCUACAGUUUGGAUAAUUCCAUGGGUACAUGUGUGAUAAAAAAAGAAAUUGAUUUGGAGCGACCUGGCAUAUCAAGCACCUCUAUUCGACCUGAUGGUAAAAUAUUUUCAACAGCUGGCUGGGAUCACAGAGCGAGAGUAUAUAACUAUCGCAAAGGAAAUGCUUUGGCAAUAUUGAAGUAUCACCAUGCAACGUGUCAUGCAGUCUCUUAUUCAACAGAUUGUAAGCUAAUGGCCUCUGCAUCAGAGGACAUAGUGGUGGCACUUUGGAAACUCUAUACUCCUCAAACCUGAGAGUGUAUUAGAAUCACAUCGAGAAUCAGUAAAUGUUUCUGUUUCUGUACAUAUAUUUUAGCCAAUAUGUCAAAUAUUGUUAGAGCCUAUUCUACAUCCGUAUAUGACAUCUAGAAGAUACCCCGACAUUUACAUAACGAUCCCAUUCUAUGUAUCAAACUUUUUACUUGUGUGACUAACAUUACUCUUCAAACAUCUUUUGAUAUUACUAAAUGGGAGUAAUUACAGUCAGGGAAGAAGUAGUUCCACACUUGCACAUAAUCUUUAUAUUUCAUAACCAUAGACUUCGAUGAUUUAUGGCAAGAUUAGGUUUCCGU